AAAUAUGCCUGGUAUAGGUCUAAGGUUUAUUGUAAUUGUGUGUUAUGUUUUGAACCUAAAAUAAGUGUAUAUAAAAAGUUAUGUCAUGUCAUGGCUAUUGAUUGUACAAAAAAUGUUGAAAAUGUGAACUGUAUUUUUUUUUAAUCAAACUGCAAAACUGCAGCAGUAAUUUGCCAAUUAGAAAUAUCCUUAAGAAUAAUAUAGAAUCCUUUGUGUUUGUUGUCUUGUUUGUCACAAAUAAUCAUAAAGUAUUUAUCGUAACUUUUUUCCAAAUAAUUUAUACAUGAUUUAUUUGUUCUUCUCAUGUUCUCCAUAUAAUAAAAACGACCCUUGUGCAAGAAUGCCAUAUCGCAAUUCUACGAAAGAAUAAAAGCAUUAUUUAUUAUGUGCAAUAGUAGGCCUAAAAUUUUUCCAUGAAAGCUGUAUAAUUUCACGUUUAGGUUCAGUAUGACACAUAAGAGGUUAGAGACUUUCAGAAUAAAUGUGAUAUAAAACAGAUGAGGACAGUCAGUGACCGUUAGUGACCUGGCAAAAUAUACUGGGUAAUGUUAGUUCCUGUCGAGAAUGUGCAACAGAAAAAAGAGAGAGAAAAAAUAUGCUUAACUUAAACGAUUCCAUCGUUUUAAUUCCAUAAUUUUCCAUAUUCCCACUCUACUGCCAAACUGGGAUUUUGCAGUGUUUUACAGUAAGUCUACUCCCCCUCCCCCGGUUUUAUACGCACGGUACUGUCCUUCCAAAGAAAAGUCAGUGAGUCUAACUUCCCCUAAAUGAGUGGUGCAAUACAUGCUGCAACAGCUUUCACAUCAGCAAGACUGUGAGACUCGGACGUAAGCGGCACACUGUGCGAAUGGAUAGAGGCUGGAGCCCAGCAGACCACUUUCUAUGAAAAUACGCGAACGAAAUGGAUUCAAACAGACGAGUUUGCAACUGGAUCUCUUAUACCGUGUUUCUUUUUGGAUACAUGACUGGGACCGUACUUCCUGGAAAGAAUCCGACAGCUGGCUUCAAUCUUGAAUGUACCUACGACUUUGACCAGCUGAUGCAGUGUCAGCUGGAGCUGCAAAACUGCACUGAGUACAGCAUGACUCUCCCAGCCGGGUAUGUUAGUGAGGAGAACUGCACUGUACAACAGUGUGGCAUUGGAAAGUGUUGUUGCUCCUUCAAACUGAUGCGUGUGUUAGGAGAAAUUCUCACAGCAAAAGUCUGGAAAGAUGGCAACAUCAUGGAGUCAAAAGCUAUCAAUGUCACAGAGAGCAUAAAACCAAAAACUCCAGAAAUCAUGUCAGUCACUGAAUCCGAAGGGAAUUUUGAAGUCAGGUGGACGUCAAACAUAACGGGAUUUCUAAACGAUUACAUGACAGCUGAGCUGACUUACUAUAAAAAAGGAGAAACAGAAAAGACAUCUGAACGUUUCAAACCAGUUACCACAACUGAUGGACUACAUUACUAUGUAAUAAAAGGUCAAGACCUGGAUCCAAGUUCAGCAUAUGUGGUCAGCGUGAAAAGCUUCUUAAGUCUGAGUGACAAGUUCAGUGACAGUAGCGAAGAGUGGGAAUUUGAAACUGGUCCUUCCCACCACAACCUGAUGUUGGUUAUCAUCAUCACCCUCAGCAUUGCUGCAGUCAUCCUCAGCGUUGCUAAAUAUGGCUGUUAUGCAAAGUUGAGAAAAAUAUAUUACGAUGCAGUUCCGAAAACUACAAAUCCCUCUUUUCUUAAUAUUAAUCCAAGUGAGCAGAAGGUGAGACAGGUCUUGAAACUUGAAGACUUCAUUACCACCCCCAUAUGUGUUGAGACCCUUAUUCCAGAUGACAGUGAACUGGGGUCGAAGAUGUCACUGACAGACACAAGCUGUGGAAGCCUUCAGCAAAGCAGUGGGAUCAGCACGGGCUCCUCUGAUCUCAGUUAUACAAAUACUGAAAGCCCCGUUGCUGUGAAUGGAGAACCUUCUAUUGCUAAAGCUGCUAAGAAUGAGCUGUGUAAAAUAUUCCCAAAUAUUUGCCCAAUAUUACCAGUGAGCACCAGUCUCCCGGCACAGUCAAACAAUACACAAGGAAGUGAAUUAUUCUCUGAAACGGGUCCUGGAGUAUCUGCAUUUGAAAAUAAAACCUAUUCCUUCCUCAUUCCUGGCUGUUUACAUCAGACUAUGACAGACAAGUUAAACACCCAGGGGACGGCUGAAAUGCUUUGUGACUCUAAUUACCAUCCCAGUAACAGUGGCAUGGAGAGAUGUCCGGAUCACCAGGUACCAGCUUGUCAAGUUCCUGUCCAACUAAGUGGUAUUUCACCAUCAGCGGUUUCACCUCUUCUAUCAACAGCCAUGUCCUAUCAAGAAGUCCCCAUAUGUGUGCCCAUAGGGUCACACAGUGUUCUUGCAGUGGAUGAUGACUAUCAGGAAAUUCCAAGUCUGGUGAGGGAGCCUGAUGUUUCGCUUUUAGAGCACAGAAAUACUGAGCAUAAGGAACAUUUGGACAAGUUGGAGGAGGAGUCACUUAGAAAGAGCCCUGAAAGCAUCUUAAGCCCAGUUGUUCCAGUUCAGGAUGGGCAGCGUGUCUCUGAACUCCAAGUACCAACCUUUUGCUUUACAUCUACUAACUGCUCUGUGCCAAUAAUCACAGAAAGUGGCUAUCAAAGUGUGUAGUAUUAUGACCAUAACUUCAGCUUUAGUUCAUUCUUAUACAUGGAUGCAUGAAAAUGAUCUCAUGAUAACUGUUUCUUAAAGAAUAUGAUCCUGCUGUCAUUUGGAAAUUAUUCUAUAUAGUAAGCCAAAGAUUUGCACUGUGAGAACACUUAAGUUCAACAUAUUUAAACUGUGCUCAUAACAAACAUUAUUUUAUUUAUUUAACUUUGAUUUUACACUUUAGUCCCAUUGAGAUUAAAGAUCUCUUUUGCCAGGGAGACCCGGCCCUUUAAGGUCUGACUGAGUUUAACCUAACCAGUGGAUUUGAGGGGUGGUUGUAGCUCAGGAGGUAGAGCAGGUCAUCUACUAAUGUAAGGUUACUGAUUUAAUCCUUGGCUACUUCAGUCUGCAUGCCAAUAUAUCCUUGGGCAAGUUUCUGGAUGCAUUCACCAGAGGGUAAAUCUUAAGCUCUAUUUGGACUUCUGCGAUAAAUCUACAUCAUACAUGACGCUGGAACUAGAAACUCCAUUUAUCCCUACACCACAGCCUUCCACACCAUUCAAGUCGUUGUGGUAUGUGUCGACUGAACAGUAGUUAUUUUUCUCGGGAAGUGCACAUCAGUUACGUGGAAGGUUGUUGUGUAGGUUUGAAAUGGGGUUCCAGUUAUGGCGUACGACCUCAAAUAAAAACAAACUGUGAUAUUUAGGGUAUAAGUGAUGUACAUGUUGCCAUUAGAAUGCUUUUCAAUCAAAGUGAAUUACCCUGAGCUCUGUUUGUUUCAAAGAAAGAUUGCUGAAGAAUUUUCAGAUAUUAUAUGACUAUAAUUAUAACCGUAAUUUAUUAAGUGUUUGUUUUCAACAAAUGUUUAGGAAAAAAGUUUUAUUUGUCAUGUUGUUUUAUAUCCAAAAUUCAAGUUAUUGUCUUUUGUUUUGUCUUCACUUAAUUGUAAAUAACACAUUUGAAAUGAGGUGGCACAGUGGUUGGUACUGUUGCUGUACAACAAGAAGGUCCUGAGUUCAAUUCCAAUGUUUUUCUAUGUGGAGUUCUGUGUGCAUGUUCUCUCCGUGUUUGCGUGGGUUCCCUCCGGGUACUCCAAAGACAAGCAGUUUGUGGGGAUUGGUUAACUGAUUAAUCUAAAUUGCCCGUGAGUGUGAAUGGUUGUCUGUCUGUGUGUUAGACUGGCAACUUGUCCGGGGUGUAGUCCUAUGACAGCUGGGAUAAGCUCCAGCAACCCUGAAAAGGAUGAGCGGAAGCGAAUGGAUAUAUGAAAUGUAUUACUUGAAUGUAUAAAUACCGAUAAGACCAAAAUAUGUUGAAUUUGUCACAAAUGUUGAACUAGUGAGCUUUAAUGAGAACCGUUUUAAUCUCUUUGCUUUUCCUGAGUAAAAAAAAGUGAAGUGAA